AGUCUUCUUCAUACUGUUCUUUCACAGUACUAAGAAAACAAAAGCACCAUCUGGUGUAGGCUACAGAAAGUGGUCAUGUGUGUACCUGUGUGCUGCCACCGAGAAUCAGAGUUUGGUGCGAUCGCAGAGGAGGCAACUCUUGGAUUUUUAUGGUAGCCAUGCCUCUGCCUUUGAGCGCUUCACAGAGCAAAGAUAUCCGUGAGGAUGUGGCGGAGCUGCGCAGCGCAGUCGCAGGUGCGGUCCAAAUCGCACACAAAGCUCUCAAGCGCGUACAGCAGCAGCAGCAGCAGCAGCAGCAAGGACGAUCGCAAGGCCUGGGUGAGGACGCAUUGCACGAGCAUUUGUGUGCUUUUGAGUCUUUCAUCAUUCGCCGAGUGCGCGAGGAGACCGCCAGCGGCCGCGUCGCCGCUGAAGAGAGACACAUAGAUUCGAAUGCACCGACGGCCGCAGUGCUGCUUGGGCGAAAGAUCGAACUGCAGCUGGAAGCGCAACGCACGCGGAGUACCACGAUGGAUCAGCGGCUAGGGCAGUUGGAAUCGAAGUUGAACGCUUUGAUGUCCGAUGUGGUGACGCAGUCGCAGCGCGAGGCGGCGCGCCAGAAGCAGCUAACCUCAAUCGUGCACGAGCGGGUGGAGGCGGAGAUGCGUGCUGUGGUGGUCGCUCUCCCGAACGGUGCGCGGCAGGACGACGACACUCCGCGACGUGCGUCGACGCGUACACCGUCGGAGGUGGUGAACGUGUCCGUGCUGCAGCAUGUGACGGCAGCCCUUGCCGCGAUGCACGAGCGCGUGGAAGAGCAGCAUGUAGAACUCACACGCUGGCGGCAGCAGCACUAUUCUUUGAUGGACGCCAUCGUAAAGCAAAUGAGUGAGCUGAAAAAUGAAAAUGCAGAGCGGCGACAGGAAGUGAGUAGACUGCAAAAACACCUACUGCCAGGUGUUCCCGCUGUCGCUUUUCAUGCAACGGACGACGAAGAUGAUACCCCGGUGGUAUGGACACGUAGAGCUGCUACAUAA